AUUUUAUCAUUGAUAUAAAUGGACACAGUUCACAAGUUGCACAUUGUGUUGCAGUUUUUGCACGAAGAAGGUUAUACUAGAGCCUUCGAGGCAUUAGAGAAUGAUAGUGAAGUGACUUAUAACGCGAAUGCUGUGCCAAAGACGGGCCAGUUGCAAGCGAUAUUGGAUGAGUAUCACGAGCGAGAUCGACAGAGAGUGGAGACCGGUGGUGGCCUUGACGAUCUGUUGGAAAGAAGAGAUGGAGUCUUUGCUAACAAACUGCAUGUGUCACUGGAUUGUCUUGCACCCAGUUCCAGCAUCCUCAGCAUUGAUAUCAACAGUUUAGGAGUUUUAGCUAUUGGUACAAACAGUGGAGCCUUGCUUGUGACGACCUUACCAAAUCCCCUUCCUUUUGUAACUCCGGUGCUAUUCCCUAUUACAAGUCAACUGCACAAGGGAGGAUUGCUGGGCCUAAACUUUCACCCGGAUAAUGCAAAGCUGUUGUUGACGUGUGGUAUGGAUCGAACUGUGAAUCUAGUAGAUGUGUCGUCGGACGAGAUAAAGAUUUUGCAGACAUUCACUGACCAUCAAAAGUAUGUUGUUAGAGUCUUGUGGACCACAUCAGGCAAGUUCUUUAUUUCGUCAUCAUAUGACAGGACUGUCAAUAUUUAUAGGCAGGAAAGUGGGGAGUCACUUAGGGAUGCAUACAUAUUUGUUCAGAAAUUACAAUUCAAGGGUGCCGUAGAAGCGAUUUCCUUUUUUCAUACUUCAGAUACGUUUGUUGUCGGAGUUAGAGAUGACUACAGACUGCACAGUUAUGAGUUAUCAGGGAAUGAAGUGGAGAAGAGACCAUUUGUAAAUUUGAAUGCUCUUGGGGACAGCUUUGUAAGUUUUACGGCCAUGGAUGUGAGUUUAAGUUUUGAUGACAGAUACAUUCUCGUCUCAACAGAUAAGAAUCGUCUGAUUUUGUAUUCAACUGCCACUGGCCAGCAGGUGGCAAACUUUUAUGGAGCUGUUAAUGAUGAAUACAGUUGUCCACGACACUGUUGGCAUCCAAGUUCCCAUUAUAUCUAUGCUACAUCGCAAGACAAACUUAUUCAUGUCUGGGAAGUUUCUACUCAAAAGCUUGUUGCAUCUUUAGAUGCACACACAGGUGUCGUGCGUGGUCUCACUUACUGUAGGAGCUUGAAAAUGCUUUUGUCAUGCGGAUUUGAUGGUGUAGUCAAUGUGUGGAGUCAGUCAGAAAGGGAAUGAUGCUGCUGAUUUGUGUCAUGCUGUGCUGCAAGACCAGAAAAUUGCCUUUUGACUCAAAUAUGAGCCACAUGAUGUACUGUCUGGUAUUAAAUGUAUUAUUUGUCACUUAGAAUUAUUUAUAACACGUAUGAGAUUGAUCUUUGGGAAA